UGGCGGAUCACUAAUGGACAGGAAAGUGAUAUUAUACAAUGUAGGGUUGACAUUCGAGGUCAAAAAGAGUUGCUAGACAUGAAAUGUGAUUGACGCGGAUCUAUAAACACCCUCACUGAAGUGGUUACAUACAUGUUCACUACUACUCCACGUUUUCUGUCCCGCUCUAUGGUUUUCUGGCCUCACCACAACAAAGAACACGGUUACUGACUGCCAAGCACACACCAUACUCUUCAAGACCGGCUCAUCCACAUUGACUGGGCCUGCUUCAAUUUGUGAUCUCUAGCAAGGUAUCACAAGACUGCCCUUCACGAAAGCGACCGCGACUUUCUUUGGUGCGCAAGUCCAGCCACCAAGAUCCUCCUGAAUCCACAUGCGGUCUACCCAACAAUGGCCGUGAUUGUCCACACAUCCCUGACUGAGUCAAGAUGAGUAGCCGCUUCUAUUUCGGUGGCUCAGAUUCCGGCUCCGAAGUCGACGACGAUGCGCCGUUACCGUUUCCCAAGCCAAUAGACCGAGCCGCUUUCCUGACACCGGACUUCGACGCUGCUACAUUCUUGUCCAGUCUGUCGGAUCGCUUCCAGACUCUGGAAGACCUCCAGGCCGAGUUGCGCGAGCUCAGUCACACGGUCAACAAAGAGCUGGUCGAUCUGGUCAAUGAUAACUACGAAGAAUUCUUGUCACUGGGCACCACGUUGUCUGGGGGCGACGAAAAGGUCGAGGACAUCCGAGUUGGACUGCUUGGCUUACAACGAGACAUCAAAGCGGUGAGGGACAAGGUUGAUGCUAGAAGAGACGAUGUGGCAGAACUAUUAAAACAAAAGAAAGACCUCAAGCGCGAAGUUGGCGUCGGUCGGGCCUUGCUUGAGAUAGCAGAGCGUUUGGAUCAGUUGGAAGAGCAGCUGAACAUUGGCAGCGGCAAAACUGCGGUCCUAAAACAGGUCAAACCACAGGAAGAAGGGGUACAAUGGGAUCAAGACUGGACAGAAACGACCAUUGAUGAAAGUGACGAUGAAUAUGAUUCCGACGAUGGCACUGGGAUGCCACCGCGAUUAAAAAGGAGGACCGAAGAUUUUCUCAUCCUGAAGCAUCUCAUCAGCAGACACAGUCCGCAUCAUCCAUUUAUACUCGACCAACAACACCGGAUCCAGAAGCUUCGAGACAUUUUAUUGUCCGACCUCGACAUUGCAAUCAAACAAGAAUCCGAGGUGAAGAUGAAGCAAAAAUUGCUGCAGGUUCGCGCAACGGUGGAAGAUUAGACCCUCCCAGUUAGCCCAAUCUAUAAACGUAUGGCCAUGACAAGUCGUGGAUUCCCUUCCG